GUAUUUCGUUCCGAAUGCUUUCUUCUCUCUGAUCCUGAGCUGUCCCACCUACCUGGUUAAUCUGCGAGGGAGAGACUGAGGAGGCAGCUGCCGUUCCUUCUCCCUGGAGGCAGCGGGCAGAAGGUGGGAAUUAGUGGCCACACUCGCUAAAACCAAGGAUGAAGAAGGCAGCAUCUUGCUUCUACCUAUGGCUUUUCUUUCAACUUCCCCUUAUUGGAUCUUCCACCCAGGUGAAAUACAAGGUAGAGGAAGAGCAGCCCCCUAACGUCUUGAUUGGAAGCUUGGCUGUGGACUAUGGAUACCCAGACUCGAAGCACCUGUACAAGCUGGAAUUGGGGCAUCCUUACCUCAGAGUGAAUGGCAAUUCUGGAGACAUCUAUACAACUGAGACGGCCAUUGACCGAGAGAGCCUGCGUGAGUGCCAGAACUUGUUCCCAGGCCAGCCAUGCUUCUUGGAGUUUGAGGUGUCUAUGACGGACCUGAUGUCCCCAGUUCCCAAGCUUCUCGAUGGUCAGAUUGAGGUUUUGGACAUAAAUGAUAACACUCCUAAUUUUGCUUCUCCGGUCCUCAUGCUGUCCAUUCCAGAGAACACGAAUAUCGGAAUGCUGUUUCCAAUCCCUGCUGCUACUGACCGGGAUUCUGGAGUCAACGGGGUGGCAUCCUAUGAGCUGAUUGUGGGCCCUGAGGCACAUGAACUUUUUGGACUGCAGGUAGCCGAGGACCAAGAUGAGAAACAACCUCAGCUCAUUGUCAUGGGAAAUCUCGACCGAGAGCAAAGAGACUCUUAUGAUCUCACAAUUAAAGUUCAAGAUGGUGGCAACACCCCACGAGCUAGCAGUGCCCUACUGCGCAUCUCCAUCCUGGACACCAACGACAACGCUCCCAAAUUUGAAAAGAUGGCUUACGAGGCAGCGCUGCCUGAGAACAGCCCAAUGGGGCACUCCGUACUCCAGGUGAAAGCCAACGACUCUGACCAAGGUGCCAAUGCUGAGAUUGAUUAUUCUUUUCACCAGGCCUCAGAUACCGUUCGGCGGCUCCUGCACUUAGAUAGGGCAACAGGUUUGAUUACAGUUCAGGGUCCCAUAGAUCGUGAAGAUGUUGGAACUCUACGCUUCUCGGUGGUGGCUAAGGACAAAGGAUCGAAUCCAAAAUCUGCACGUACCCAAGUUACAAUCACCAUCCGUGACACGAAUGACAACAAGCCAGUAAUUGACAUCAGGGGAUUCGGUCUGGUAACACACCAGGAUGGCGUGGCAAAUAUUUCGGAAGAUGUCCCAGUGGAAACACCUGUGGCUUUGGUACAGGUCUCUGAUAUAGAUGAGGGUGAAAAUGCUGCUGUGACCUGUGUUGUGGCCAGGGAUGUUCCUUUCCAGUUGAAACAGGUCAGCGACACAGGUACUGACAGCAAAAAGAAGUACUUCCUACAAACCACCACCCCGCUGGACUAUGAGUCUAUUAAAGAAUAUACUAUCGAAAUUGUAGCUGUUGACUCUGGUAACCCUCCUCUUUCCAGUACCAACUCCCUUAAGGUGCAAGUGACUGAUGUGAAUGACAAUGCACCUAUCUUCCCCCAGAGUCUGAUGGAGGUGACUUUCAAAGAGAACAACUCUCCUGAUGAUAUUGUAAUGGAAGUUAGUGCAACUGAUGCUGAUAGUGGUUCAAACGCUCAGAUAUCCUACUCCAUUCUUGCCGACGCCAGUACCCGUGCAAUCUUUUCCAUCAACCCAGACUCUGGUCAAAUUAGAGUUAACACCGUGUUAGAUCGGGAGCAGAGAGAACAUUAUGACUUUCAUGUUGUUGCUGCAGAUAAGGGAACCCCCAGUCUAAAGGGGACAGCUUCUGUUGUCAUCACUAUUCUGGACUGUAAUGACAAUGAUCCAAAGUUCAUGCUAAAUGGCUACAACUUCUCAGUAAUGGAGAACAUGCCUAGGUUGAGCCCAGUCGGAAUGGUCACAGUUAUUGAUGCAGAUAAGGGUGAAAAUGCUCGUAUCCAUCUCUCAGUGGAGCCUGACAGUGGUGAAUUUAUUAUCCAGAAUGGAACGGGCACUAUCCUUUCCAGCAUCUCCUUUGACCGGGAGCACCAGAGCACAUACACCUUCCGGUUAAAGGCAGUGGAUGGAGGGGACCCACCUCGUUCUGCAUAUGUCGGUGUGACUAUUAAUGUCCUUGAUGAGAAUGACAAUGCUCCAGUUAUAGUUGUACCGUCAAACAUUUCAUAUGCUUAUCUUACUCCUUCUACUCACCCAGGUACCCAGGUCAACAAGGUGCGAGCUGAAGACAUGGACACGGGUAUCAAUGCUGAACUUGUAUAUAGUAUUGCUAGUGGCAAUCCCUAUGAACUUUUUCAAAUAACUCCCACAGGAGGUGAAGUAACCCUAGAAAAGCAGAUUUUAAGGAAGCACCAUGGCCUGCACCGUCUAGUAGUAAGAGUGAGUGAUCGAGGAAAACCUACCAGACACGGCACAGCCUUAGUCCACUUCUAUAUCAAUGAUACUUUGACAAACCAGACCUUUGUGGAAACUCUACUUGGUCACAGUCAGGAUACUCCAUUGAACAUUGAUAUUGCUGGGGAUCCUGAAUACGAGCAUAACAAACAGCAAAGAAUCGUCCUAUUUGGUGUGUUUGCUGGGAUUGUGGCAGUUGUCGUGGUCAUUGUGGUGGUGGUUUUGGCCCGAUACUGCAGACAGAAGGAAGCCAAGAGUGGCUAUCAGGCCGGCAAGAAAGAAACAAAAGAUCUGUAUGCCCCAAAGCAGAGUAAUAAAAACAAUAAAAAUAAAAUCAAGGCAAAGAAGAGCAAAUCUCCCAAGCCACCCAAACCAGUAGAGGAGGAUGAGGAAACGGGGCUGCAGAAGUCCCUCAAAUUUAAUCUGAUGAGUGACUCUGUUGGUGACAGCCCAAGGAUUCAUCUGCCCUUGAAUUACCCACCUGGGAGCCCAGAUUUGGGGCGCCAUUACCGCUCAAACUCCCCUCUGCCAUCCAUCCAGCUGCAGCCACAGUCCCCAUCUGCCUCCAAGAAGCACCAGGUGGUACAAGACCUACCGGCUGCCAACACCUUCGUUGGCACUGGGGACAACACAUCCACUGGCUCUGAUCAGUACUCGGAUUACAGCUAUCGGACCAAUCCCCAGAAAUACAACCAAAAGCAGUUACCUCAUCGCCGAGUGACGUUCUCUACAUCCAACCAGGCACCAGACAUCCAGGACCCUUCUCAGCAAAGCUACUACGACAGCGGCCUAGAGGAAUCGGAGACCCCAAGCAGCAAGUCAUCCUCUGGGCCAAGAAUAGGGCCUUUGGCUCUCCCAGAAGAUCACUAUGAGAGAACUACCCCUGAUGGCAGCAUCGGUGAGAUGGAACAUCCUGAAACUGAUCUCAGACCACUGCCUGAUGUAGCCAUGACGGGAAACUGCACACGGGAAUGUACAGAAUAUGGACACUCUGACACUUGCUGGAUGCCUGGCCAGCCAUCACCCACUCGCAGGCCCAAGAAUGCCCUCAAGCUCUCCACUUUUGUGCCUUACCAAGACAAGGGGAGUCAAGAGCAAAUUGGCAAUGGCAACCCUAGAAUUCCAGAGGACCGCAUCGGAGGCAACAAUAACAGCACCACCAAAAUGGCUAACAUUCAGCUGUUACCGACUUAUAGUGCCUUUACCAGUAACAGCCAUGAGUCAUGUUCGGACUCCCCUUUGGAGGAAAUCCCACUAACCCAAACGGCUGAUUUCCAGCACGCCACCACUCCUUCAUCCCAAUCUGCCAAGCGGGAGAUAUAUCUGUGAGAUUCACUUGACCCAUUUUUUUUUUUUCCCCCGCAUGGAUUGAAGUCAAAAGGACCAAGAGAAGAAUUUGGGAGAUAAAGACCUAAACCAAGCUAACUUUUAAAUGAAGGAGAAAAAAAUUAGAGGUGGACAAAGGACAACACAGUGCUUUAUGGUCCAUGCAACUGCUUCUAGGCUUGCGCCUACAUUAAUUUCUAGUGUUUUAUUUUUGUUUUUCUUUCCAGGUUUAUUUUAUUAUACUGAUGUAAAGUUUCAAACCACCCUCUACAUAGACAAUUCAUUGUUAUAAAGGUCAGAACUGGAUUUGGAGAGGGGUGGGGGGAGUUUUUUUAAGGUAUAGUUUUUAUAUAUGUAAAAAGGGAGCUUGCAUUUUGGUUUCUCGUGCUCAAAGAGGGAAACCUCAAAGCAAAGGAGGACUUUAUAAGCCAUUCCGGUUCUGGUUUCAGUUUGGAAAAGUCUGAAAAAGUUCUUGGUGCUCUUCUGGUACGUAGGUUUGAAUGUCCUCAUUAUUAAGAAAAAGCCGCUUCUUUGUGAUAACUGAAGUGGGUGUAGGCUUCUGAUUUUCCGCUGUGCUAUUUAAACCUAGAGUCCUUGCCGUUUUUUCUACGCGUUUGUGGGUAUAGGAAAUUUUUACAUCUGGCGCUAGGCUUUGUAACGAAAAGAAAAACACAAGGUCAUACAAUUAUCUAUAUUCCAAGCUUUCUUGAAGAUUCCAUUCUAGUGCGCACGCCUCUGGACUCCAAAUUCCUUUUAAUUAUCCGGUACCAAGUCGUUUUUCAUUUUACAUUUGGGAUACC